AUGCGCCAGAUCACGCUCCUGCUCACCGAACGCGAGUGCCAACCUGCAGCCCAAACUGCCGCGAGCCAGCUCGAAAAGGCCAGCAAGGAGAAAAGCACUGAGGACAAGGAGAAAGCUAAAGAGUUUGAUGCUCAGACCGAACCCGCGAAGCUCAUAGGGUCUUGGUAUGGUGGCGUUUACAUGCCACCUGCUCGCCUCUGUGCUCUUCGCGAGGCUGCGUCUUCCGACUGCACAAGCGUGGAGUACCAGCAAUUGUCUUGGGAUGUGCUACGAAAGUCUAUCACUGGUAUCGUCAACAGGGUCAACAUUGGCAACAUCAAGAACGUGGUGCCGGAGCUGUUUGCCGAGAACUUGAUCAGGGGCCGGAGAUUGUUUGCACGUAGCAUCAUGAAGGCGCAGUCGGCGAGUACAUCGUUUACACCCGUCUUUGCCGCAGUUAUUACUGACCUCAAUACCAGUUCCGAAGGGCAUUCCAAGAGGAAUGAUAAGGUCAAGUCCGACCUGCUCAGCCCCGCGGGCCAGGGCACACUCGCCAAGGCGUUCUACUUCCUCCUCCAGAAGCACCGCGAGAAGACGUUUGAGGAAGACAGCAUCUUCAUGGACGUAGACGAGCACAUGAGCACCCUGGGUGAAAAGGCAAUCGCUAGGCUAUAUGUCUCACCGCUCUCGAAGAAGCCGCGCUCACUCAGCGUUGACACAAAUUCGAUUAGUCUCGCAUUCUCACGGAUGAUGGGCGGGGACAUGGGACCUGGCACCGCACGCGCAGAGUACAUUGGAAACGCGUCACCAACUCAUCGCUCGCGCCCAACGUCUCCCGCCGGCCCUCGCGGACACCGCCCAUGCCCAAUCUCCACACCCUCGGCGGAUUUCUUCCAUCCGCGCAACCAACCGGAGAAGCUAUCUCAGUCCAUGCACGAUUCUGGAAGGUCGACAUACUAUGAUAGGCACUUGCACUCCGGAAUAACCAACGCCCACUACACUCACCUCCCCGAUCGUGGCUUCGUCUUGGCCCAUCCGUCCCCCAUCACUCCCCCAGGCCUGCGCUCAUUUUUGCACAUGUCUACGCCUGGUUCACCUUCUCCCACCGGCGCUUUCCUUGUGGAAAACUCGCCCCAAGCCAAUGCUUCUGUCUUUGAGCGCUUCCGUGCGGUGUUGAACAAGAGCAAACUCAGUCACCGUGUGCAGUACAUGAUUGAAGUGCUCAUGCAGGUCCGAAAAGACAAACAUAAGGAUAACCCAAUAUUGCCCGAGGGGUUGGAUCUGGUGGAAGAAGACGACCAGAUCACUCACCAGAUUGGACUGGAAGAAGAGUUGCAGGUGCAAGAGGGCUUGAACAUAUUCAAGAUCGAUCCGAAUUAUCUGCAGAACGAAGAAAAAUACAAAGCUAUCAAGGCUGAAAUUCUCGGCAACGACAACUCUGAUGGAGAUGAAUCAGGCUCCGAAGAGAGCAAGAGCGAGGACAAAGCCGUGGAAGCAAAGGGAGGUAUUGAAGAUCGUACGCAAACAAACUCCGUCAACCUUUGCCGCAUCAUCACGCGCCUCUUCGGCCAUCUUCUCACCACUAACGUGGGCUCGUGGGUCACCUUGGAAUGCAUCAAAACCAAUGAUACUACCCGCAGUCGCAUCUUUGUCAAGAUCUUGAUGCAGGAAGUGCUAGAGAGCAUGGGUUUGGCGACGUUAAAGAACACGGACAGACGGGCGCUCAUCCUCGGCGUCGCGUUUCUCCCAUCCGGGCUCGCCCUUGUGCUUGUCGCAUAUGUAUGUGCUGCUGAUACUGGCGCGCGCGAAACCUUUUCCAAUGAUACUGUCCAGGUGGGCCUGUGGUCAUGCACCAACCCAGAUGGAGCUUUCCCCCAGGCAGCAUUUGAAGAUGUCUACCAAGCGUAA